UAUUUUGCUUUACUGCACAUGCGUCUGUCCCGGGAAAUUUGAAAUCUGAAGAAGCAGUUAGAGGAUCUUUUGGAACUUCAAUUGUAAAAUGCUAUUUCUUCAUCUUUAAUGAUCUUCACAAGGGUUAGGGGUUGUUAUCCCUGCUCUAGAGAAUGGCAUACAGCCCCACCAGGUUGGACACACCCCAGUGAUGCAACAUUACACCCAAUGGACUGCUAGGCCAUGUCUUCCACUUGCUUUGUUUAAUAGGAUAAUGAACUCAACAGGAGUCUUGUGGGAGUUAGGAAGAAACUUGUGACCAGCCUACCAGUUCGACAAUGGCUGCUCAGACAAGUAUAACCAGUAAUAUUUUACCACAAAAUGAUAAGGAUAUAUAUCCGUUUGAUAAGACACAUGCAACAAGAAAAAAAAUUAAGGCAUAGUAUCUGUUUAAGUAAUCGGCAGAUAUUAAACAUGAACAUGGUGCCAUGGCUAGCCCGACUGCCUCUUCUCUAAUCCAACAGUGUGCUGAUGUUAGAUGAAGCUCACGAACGGACUCUCUACACAGACAUUGCCAUUGGCUUGCUCAAGAAGGUUCAGAAGAAGAGAGGGGACCUGCGCCUUGUGGUAGCAUCUGCAACACUUGAUGCCGAGAAAUUCAAGGCGUUCUUUUACCAGAAUGACACCAGUGAUCCCAGCCAGCAGGGACACAUGUGCCAUCCUUACUAUAGAGGGGAGGACGUUUCCUGUGGACAUUUUCUAUACACAGAGGAGGAAGUGGAGAGUGUGGUGUCCAUGCUUGUGGAACAGGCCCGCAUCCUCUCUCGAUCUGGCAUGAAGAAGCACCUGCGUGUUCUUCCCAUGUAUGCAGGACUCCCGACAUCUGAGCAAAUGAAGGUGUUUGAGAGAGUCUCUCACAGUGCCAGAAAGGUGGUGAUUGCUACGAACAUUGCCGAGACUUCCAUUACAAUAAACGGGAUCUCUUUUGUGAUAGACUGCGGUUUUGUCAAGUUGCGAGCAUAUGACCCCAAGCGUGCUGUGGAGUCGCUGGUGGUGGUUCCUGUUUCACAGGCUUCAGCCAAUCAAAGAGCAGGACGAAGUGGCAGGAACCGCUCUGGGCAGUGCUAUCGACUGUACACAGAGGAAGAUUUUCUCAAGCUGCCUCCGUCCACAGUUCCAGAGAUGCAGAGAAGCAACCUCUCUCCAGUCAUAUUGCAACUUAAAGCCCUUGGAAUAGACAAUGUACUACGCUUCCACUUUCUUUCGCCUCCGCCCGCACAGUCGAUGGUUCAGGCCUUCGAGCUCUUGUAUGCAUUAGGAGGUCUAGACAAGCAUUGUCGACUAACAGAUCCCUUAGUGCUGCGAAUGGCAGAAUUUCCUCUUAACCCAAUGUUUGCCAAGAUGCUGCUUGAGUCUGGGAAUUUUGGUUGUUCGGCUGAGAUCCUAAGCAUUGCGGCAAUGAUGCAGAUUCAGAAUGUCUUUAUCGUCCCACCAAACCAGAAAUCACAGGCGAUACGAGAGCACCGGAAAUUUGCCGUGGAGGAAGGAGAUCACCUUACAAUGCUAAAUGUGUAUGAAGCUUUUAUCAAAUUUAACAAGAGCUCUCAUUGGUGUCAGCAGCAUUUCCUGAACUACAAGGGGCUCAUGAGAGCAGUUACUGUCAGGGAGCAGCUGAAGAAACUUCUGAGCAAGUUCAAAGUUCCCAAGAACUCCAGUGAAGGGGAUCCAGACCCCAUCCUGCGGUGCAUUGUAUCUGGGUUCUUUGCUAAUGCUGCCAAGCUCCACUCCACUGGAGUCUACAGGACAGUGCGAGAUGGGCAUGAGCUGCACAUUCACCCCACAUCAGUGCUGUACGCAGAGAAGCCUCCAAACUGGGUGCUCUUCAGUGAGGUCGUUCAGACCAGCAAAUAUUACAUGCGAGAUGUGACAGCUGUUGAUUCAACAUGGCUUUUGGAACUGGCACCGCACUUCUACCAGCACGGCACGCACCUCUCUCGAACUUCCAAACGGCCCAAAAUAGACAGUUUGUGAGUCUCUCUGCCCCUUUGCACAGUCCUCCUGAUGGAGAAGCCACCACCAACCACAUCUUCUCAUCUUGGUUCUUCUGCGGAACUGCCUUUUCCCGAAACUUCCUCUAUUGAAAAGGAUGCUCCAUAACCUUCUAACGCUCUGCAGGAUUUCAUCUGAGCCCAGCAAGUCAUCCGCAUUCUUGUAACUGAACUCUACAUGUCGGUGACACCGUGCACAUCAAAGCUUCUAUAUAUAUAUAAAUAUAUGUGUAUAACAGAAAGCACUUUUAUUUUUUUAAGUUGUAAAUGAUAAAUGAAAGUGGUCGCAGCCAUAGGAAUGAUACCGGUAUAACGCUGUUUCACCAAUUUAGUGCCGUAACUCUGUCGGCUUGGCACGGUUACAUCAUCUUUGCUAUGCAACCACCACCUGCCCAUUAUGUGUCCUUUAUCUUACACCCUGUGCCAGCUAUACCAUUUCCAGCAGAUUGACAUGCAAACCCCUUAAGUAUUGCCAUUCUCUGCCAAGUAAUGCAUAGGCACAGCACAGAAAGGAUUUUUUCACCCCAUGAAGGCACAAUGUUGGUCUUUGGCAGGGCCGGCUAUAGGGCAAGGGAAAAAAAGGGCUUCUACCGAAGGCCUUUCAGCCAGAAAGUGUACUUGGUAAAAUUACAAUUUGCUUUAAUAUUUGCCUCUGGAAUUUCCGUUCUGUGCAGUUCUGACUGGGAUUUGGAUUGUAACAUGAGUUGUGCCAGAUUUGGGGCAACAGUUUCUGGUGCCCCUUUUCCUCAACUCCAGCCCUGUAGCCUUUAAAAGACCAUUACUGUGUAUUAUAGCCCAGACCUGUUCUUGUAAAUAACUGUACAUCGUCUGAACAAUAAAAUAAACACAUGGGAAUCUCUUGUUUGUGUGUCAGAGGUUCUUAUGGGUUCUGGAGAUAAUGUAAUAAAAAUGGCGGAGUCUGCACCAGGUUUUGUAAUCCAUAGCAACUAAUAAGUAGGUAGUAUUUUCAGGAAAGGAACAUCCUAAGUUAUAGGUUUACUAGAGCUGGAGAGAGCAAUAUGCUUUAACAGAUGAUAAGCUUUUAAUAUCCAGUGAUGCUAAAAUAACACCCAUGUACCUUUUGGCUGUUCAUAAUGAGUAUGGUUUUAUGCUUUUCUCCAUUGUCAGCUUGGGGGACACAGGGACUGCGGGUAUAGCUGGUACCACUUGAAGG